CCAUCCACCUCUCAUCAUAUCAAGUUUUGAAAUUCUCUGCAAGUGUUUUAUAGAAGUCUUGGUCUAGAACCUUGUCUAAGACAAAAAAAAGAGACAAUAAUGUCUCAGCUCACUAGUUUUCUCUUGGUUCUUUCUCUUUGUGCUUUUGCUCCUCUUUGCUUCUCUAGCAAGACCAAAGAUGGUUGCCUUUACCCACAGUUUUAUGACCACUCUUGCCCAAAAGCUCAAGAGAUUGUAAGGUCCGUACUGGCCAAGGCUGUGGCCAAAGAAGCCCGUAUGGCGGCUUCAAUUCUCAGGCUCCAUUUCCAUGAUUGUUUUGUCCAGGGCUGUGAUGCUUCAGUACUGUUAGACAGCAGUGGAACCAUAGUCAGUGAGAAGAGGUCAAAUCCUAACAGGAAUUCAGCUCGAGGUUUUGAAGUCCUUGAUGAGAUUAAAUCUGCACUGGAGAAAGAGUGUCCUCGUACAGUAUCUUGUGCUGACCUUUUGGCCAUAGCUGCAAGAGAUGCCACUGUUCUGAGAGGUGGGCCCAGCUGGGAGGUACUAUUAGGCAGAAGAGACUCCAGAAGUGCAAGCUUGAGUGGUUCUAACAACAAUAUUCCUGCUCCAAACAACACAUUCCAGACCAUCCUCACUAAGUUCAAGCGACAAGGGCUUGAUAUUGUUGAUCUUGUUGCCCUAUCUGGGAGCCAUACAAUUGGAAAUUCCCGGUGCACCAGCUUCAGGCAAAGACUGUACAACCAGUCAGGAAAUGGACAGCCCGACUACACACUUGAUCAAUCAUAUGCGGCCCAAUUGAAAACCCGAUGCCCAAGAUCCGGUGGUGAUCAGAACCUGUUUUUCUUGGACUAUGUCAGCCCAACGAAGUUUGAUAACUACUACUACAAGAACAUAUUGGCUUCAAAGGGCCUUCUGAACUCUGAUCAAGUUCUUUUAACCAAGAAUGAAGGAUCAAGGGAAUUGGUAAAGCAAUACGCAGAGAACAGCCAACUUUUCUUUAAACAAUUCCCCAAGUCCAUGGUUAAGAUGGGAAAUAUUUCUCCAUUGACAGGUUCAAGGGGAGAGAUUAGAAAGAUCUGCAGGAGAGUUAACUCUUGAUAGUACUACAUAACUGCAGUUUCAUUGAUUCUCAUGAAAAGAAAAAUUGCAUUUCCAUUUCGUUGUUCUGUUUCCUCUGUUUUCUACGAAAAUGUAUGUGUAGCUUGAUGUAACCACUAUUUUCUGGACAACAUACAGUUGUGCAGUUUAAUUGCUGCUUUCGUUAUGUGGAUUUAUGGAAGUUUAAUUGUAUUUUGUUUUAAAUAAAAGUUGAAGCUACUGGGAUCCUUCUUGACAUCAA